AUGGCAAACUCGAAUGUCAUCAGCACGGUGCAACUCAACCCGAGGAUAGCAGAGCUGAGACAGAAGCUUCAGAACACUGAGAAUGCGUUGAUGGGAAUGUCGGGGAGAGAGGCCUUGGCAGAAGCUGAACGAGCUCAGAUGCUCCAGCAGAAAAUUGACAGUCUGAAAUCCGCCCAGCUCGCGCCCAGAGGGAAUUUGGCAGCGUUUGAAACCUUGGCGAUUGUGCAUCCUCGAGGCAACCCUGGUGAUCGACCCCACGUGUAUCAACCUGUGGCAGCUGGUGGGCAUUACAGGACGAAGCAAGCUGAGGACUUGGCGAGGAAUCUUGCCAAGGCGCACCAGCACGAGCAGCACAUGAUGCAGGAAAAUGCUCCCCACGUCGGGAUUCAACGGCCAGCUCAUGUCGCUCCUCGCAAGCAAAUGAGCAAGAGGAUUUCCAAGAAGGUUAAUCCCUGGUCAGUCAUCCCGAACAAGAAAGUUCUUCACUAUGCUCGCAAGUCCCAAUACAUGGGGCAGUCAUUUGACCAUGCUGAGGGCUUUGAUAGUGGAAGCGACAAGGACAUUCUUGCUCGGGGUUUAAGCAUCCUUUCUCAAGGUACAAAACGUGCAAGUGCGCCUGGGGGAUUCGUUCAAGUCAAGACGCUUUUGCCGGGACAGAAGCUUCCCAAGGGAGCUCGUGUGCUGACUGCUGAGCAAGUGAGACUCCUUCGCGAAAGAUCGCUUCCUUUGCAUGCAAGCGCGAAACAUACGAUGUUGAACCGCGUCAUGCUCGACGAUGUUGAAGGGGAGGAUUCUAGCAAUACAACAGCUCCAUCUGAACCUGAGGUUGGGGACACGGGAAUGACGGCAGCACAGCUUGAUGCUUUUGCCAAUGCUGAGGCAUCCAAGGCAAAGUUCUUGCUGAACCAGGCUAAGACAGAGCGAAGAAAUGCAUAUGAUGAGCUGAAGGAGAGUUCAAAUAUGAUCUCCAGGGGCUGGGACAAACACCAGAAGGGCGAAAAGUUUCUUGAGAUUGCUGAGCAGCACAUGCAGAACUCGACGGCAUUGCUAAAUAGCUUCAAGAUGAACUUGGCAUCCGGACGGGCAGAGCGCGAGAAAGAAUUCUCUGACAAGUUGAAAAACAUCUCUGAGGCCCUGGAAGCAGAGGCUAGCGAGAAACAUGGCCUCUAUGAGACAGCUCUCCAGGAGGCAGGAGAUCUUAAGUUGACGAGUGCGUCGCAGAAUUCAACUGAGACAGAGGCAGAGGCAUAG